CGACGUUUCUCCAGCAGCGGCGGCCGUUGCUCAGAGCAUCAGAGCGCUGAUCCUCCUCCUCUCUCUCUCUGUGUGUGUGAGUGUGUGUGCAUGUGUGUGAGUGUGAGUGUGUGUGUGUGUCGGGGAGGCGUGCAGCAUGUUGUCACAGAUCCACUGAACGCUGUUUUAUUUUCUGCCCAACUCCCAGCAGGGUGUAGAGCUCCCACCAUGGGUUAGACAGAAAGCCACCUAUGGAUUAUCCACUUUAUGCACUUCAUGGAGGAUGAAGGGCUCGGGUGGGGGGGACAGAAUGGACUUAUUUUCGGAGAGACAUCCUGACAAAGACGGGGACUGAACAGUGACCGGGAUCGGCAGCCCCCCCAAUCCGACUCGCUCUGCACAUUUUUCUUUUUUGUUACCAUUUUUUCUAUAUUUUUUAUUCUAAUUAUUAUUAAUGUGAUUCCCUGAAGUCUGCGUGGAGCAGAGAUGUUCGCUGAACUGCUGUGCGGCGCCGUGGCUCUGGUCCUGUACGUCAACACUCUGGGAGCCGAUUUCUGCUACGAUGACAGCCGAGCCAUUAAGACCAAUCAGGACCUGCUUCCGGAGACGCCCUGGACCAACAUCUUUUACGAUGACUUCUGGGGAACCCUGCUGACCCACAGCGGCAGCCACAAGUCCUACCGGCCCCUCUGCACCCUGUCCUUCCGCCUCAACUACGCGGUGGGCGGCCUGGAGCCCUGGGGCUACCACGCGGUCAACGUGGUGCUGCACGGUGCCGUAACCGUCCUGUUCACCUCUCUGGCCCGCCUCCUGCUGGGCGGCGGGCCGUGGAGCCUGCUGGCCGGCCUGCUGUUCGCCUCCCACCCAGUCCACACUGAGGCGGUGGCGGGCGUGGUGGGGCGGGCCGACGAAGGCGCCGCCCUGUUCUUCCUGCUGUCCUUGCUGUGUUACGUCCGUCACUGCGGGCUGCGGGGCCGCGCCGGGCCCUGGCGGCUGGCAGCGUGGCUCCUGAGCAGCCUGGCCUGCGCCGCCUGCAGCAUGCUGUGGAAGGAGCUGGGAGUCACCGUCCUGGCCGUGGCGGCUUUAUACGACGUCUGCGUCUUCCACAGACUCAAACUGAGACAGACCAUUCUGCUGCUUUACAAGAGGAAGAACCACCAGCUGCUGCUGAACGUGUUGCUGUUGGCCGUGUGGGGAGUCGUCCUGCUGGCCUGCCGCUUCUCCUGGAUGGGCAACAAGCCGCCCAACUUCUCCAACUCGGACAACCCGGCCGCUGACUCGCCUUCGCUCCUCGCCAGGACUCUGACCUUUUUCCACCUGCCUGCCGUCAACUUCUGGCUCCUCCUCUGCCCGGACACGCUGAGUUUUGAUUGGUCGAUGGAUGCCUUGCCUCUGAUCAGGAGCCUGGCCGAUUGGAGGAACGUCCACACGGUUCUCUUUUACCUCGGGUUGCUUUUGCUGGUUUGGUUUGGCCUGUGGAUGCACUCAGCAAGCAGGACCAAGGAAACCAAUGGGAAAAGCCACCAUUACAUUAACGGCAGGAAUGGGAACAGUAAUGGACACAGUUACCACGAACACACAAACAACUCUCACACAGACACCAACAAUAUUCUCACCCAGAACGGAACCAGCAGCCUGUCGGAGAGCAGGACUUCACUGCCGACCACGGAGAACGUGGUGGCUUUCUCCCUGGGCCUUCUGGCCAUCCCCUUCUUACCUGCUACAAACCUGUUUUUCUAUGUUGGCUUUGUGAUAGCAGAGAGAGUGCUGUACAUCCCCAGCAUGGGCUUCUGCCUGCUUGUGGCUGUGGGGCUGCGGUCGCUGUCUGUGCGACGCAGGUCCUGCAGGAGGAUGCUGCUGCUCUGCAGCGGCGCCCUGCUCCUUCUGUUUGGGAUGAAAACCGUGGCGAGGAAUCAGGACUGGCAGAACGAGGAGAUGCUCUACAAGUCAGGGAUCUAUGUCAAUCCUGCUAAAGCUUGGGGCAACCUGGGAAAUGUUUUGAAGAGCCAGGGGAAGAUGGAUGAGGCUGAGCAGGCCUACAGAAACGCUCUGUAUUACCGCAGCAACAUGGCCGACAUGCUGUAUAACCUUGGUUUGCUGCUGCAGGAAAGCAACAAGUUCUCCGAGGCGCUCCACUACUAUAAGCUGGCCAUUGGGAGCCGGCCAACGCUGGCUUCCGCCUACUUGAACACGGGCAUCAUCCUCAUGAAUCAGGGCCGCCUGGAUGAAGCCAAGCGGACCUUCCUGACCUGCGCCGACAUCCCUGACGAGAACCUGAAGGACCCCCACGCCCACAAGAGUUCAGUCACCAGCUGCCUGUACAACCUGGGCAAGCUGCUGCAUGAGCAGGGCCAGCAGGAGGAGGCGAUCUCCAUGUUUAAAGAAGCAAUACAGAAAAUGCCAAGGCAAUUUGCACCACAGAGCCUCUACAACAUGCUGGGUGAAGCCUACAUGCGCCUGAACAAGCUGCCUGAAGCGGAGCACUGGUACAGGGAGUCGCUGAGAGCCAAGCCGGACCACAUUCCUGCUCACCUCACCUACGGAAAACUCCUGGCUAUCACAGGGCAGAAAACAGAAGCUGAGCGCUACUUCCUGAAGGCCAUCCAACUGGAUCCCACUAAGGGCAACUGCUACAUGCAUUACGGUCAGUUUUUACUGGAAGAGUCACGGCUCCUGGAAGCAGCAGAGAUGGCGAAGACGGCCGCCCGCCUCGACGGUGGGGAGUUCGAUGUGGUGUUCAGCGCUGCUCACAUGCUCAGACAAGCCAAGCUCAACGAAGCAGCCGAGAAGUAUUACGGACAAGCAGCGAGCCUGAGACCCAACUACCCUGCAGCUCUGAUGAACCUCGGAGCGAUCCUCCACCUCAACGGGAAACUGCAAGAAGCCGAAGCCAAUUACCUUCGGGCUCUUCAGCUGAAACCAGACGACACCAUCACCCAGUCGAAUUUACGUAAGCUUUGGAACAUCAUGGAGAAGCAGGGCCUGAGGACCACGACUCCCUGAGAUCUCCCGUCCCGCCUACACACCAUCUGCGCUCCAGACCCGGGGAGACGGGCGGCCUACGUGCCCUCGUUCUGUUUUCUCAUCCAGGAGAGAAGGACCGAGGGAGGACGUUUGCAGAGACACGUUGUGCCGCACAGCCUCCCCCCCACUAAUCACCUCUGAGCUCUGCAAACACCUCAGGCCUGCAGCUUUGCUCAGGAUUGCUUACAGUCAGGAAGGCCCUGCGUGAUAUCUGGCUUCCUUUCUGCAGAUUUACUGCUUUCAUAUUUUAUUCAAGAAUACUUCAAGUUAAAGUGAAGCCACAGGUUCAUCGCUGCCGCAGAAUGAGGUAUGAAAAACACAGAGGGGAGCACUGAAGGACUUUCUGUCAAAUUUUAGUUUCACUUCAUGUUUUUUUCUUGAAAAUGAAGGAAAGAAGGUACAUAUGAAGAACUGGACACAAUUUAACUUCUUAAAAUUUAAUUUAUAGUCUCUGCUUUUAAACCUUCUCAUUCUCACAUUAAUCUGAAAUUGCACCACAUAUUGAUUCCUAAAGUAGCAACUGUCCUGAUAUUCAGAGAAAAACAUAAAAAGGGAAUGCAGAGUAUCUGUUUCAGCACAAUAAGAGUCUGUAAGGCCUCCAAAGGGCUGCAGUUAACCUCACUAAUCUGUUUUAGCAAGCUUCGAAAUGGUCUUCAUUCCAGUGGUAUUUUUAUUCUUCACUUCUAAAUAUUAAACUACCAUCACCAUUAAAAGCUGAAAGCUUCAGGUUGCAGAUGGAAAACCUUCCCAGGUUCCAAGAAGCUCAACAGGACCUGCAACAAAAGAGUUCAACCAGCCAAAAGGAAAUGCUAAGCUAACGCUAAGCUAGUGUCCAACUUUUAUCCUUACAUAGAUCAACACAGAGUCACAGCUCUUUGAAAGGGAAAUGUUUAAAUGCCUUUAUGCUUAGGUAAAGUUAUGUCAUUGUGUUUGAAUAAAUAUUAAUAUAUAGCUGCCAUGUUUUAGUACACAGAACAACACAGCAAACUGUAGCUCCAUAACUGAGUGAGUUUGGCUUGUUACAAUACGGUGAAGGGUUUUCGGUAUCCUUAAAGCUGUUCUUAGGUCUCAUCUGUAUAUAUUUUGUCUAGUUUUCAUAUAUUUGGUUUUUUUUGUCAGUUUUUAGUAAAAGAAAGAGCACCUUCAUUAAAGUUUGUACAGUAUUUGUUAUUUGUUGGCCCCAGUCCUAUUCAUAGAGUUAUUGCUCUGUUACCUGUGAUUAGUGAUAUCCAGAACCAGUGGUGGGUACAUGCAUGCUAUUAGCAGAGCUAAUUUUUCAUUUAGCGUGUUAGCAUUUUUGCUAACUUUGAAAACACUUAACACCCUCAGCUUCUCUUAAAUUAAUAUUUUCAGAGACAUUCUAAUUUAGUUGCCUGUUUUGGAAACUUUAAGUUAAAUAAAGUUCAUCAUCUGAGUUGAAGUUUUUAUCAACUGUCAAGAAUUCCUCAAGUUGUCAGACAUUUUUCUUCAUGCUCUUAUUUUGAAGUGUGUGAAGACUGUUCCACUUCCUGUCCUCACAAUCGUUUUUCUCAAAACAUUAUCAGAAAUAAAAUACAAUGAAUUCAGAGCAGUUAUUAAUGUACAUCUACACAGGUGAACAGAGUCCACUGAGGAUUAUUGACAUAAAUACCUUGAAUAAGGUGCAUAUAUCCAGUGUUUUUAUAUCCUGUGUUCUUCACUCAUGGUGCAGUGCAGCAAGUUCAUUCUUUACCCAGAAUGCACUGCUGUAGUUCUACAGUAAAUAGUUUAAAAUGUCCAGUGUUUUCUGACUGAAGCCCUACCUUUAGGCAAAAUUAGCAACAGAUUUAGCAAAACUCAACUAUAAAACUGAAACCAUGAGUGAAAAAUAAAAAUUCCUUUGUGAAGAGCAAACCGUACUGUUAGGCGUGUAAUGACAACUCCACCCUGUUGAGGGCGAUGUAAUAAGCUGUAACGUAUUGUGUCAUUGAUGCACGUUGGGUACCAACAUGGUUGAAUUUAGCACUUAAGCAUUAGCUUCUGCUCAAUGCUAUGUUGGUGCAGCAAGUUACCUGAACUAAUAUUUAUGAUCAGUGCAGCUGACAUUUUUAGUUAGCGGUGCCCACCACUGUCCAGAGCUAAACCCAGGUACCAGAUCGGACUCCAGAUAGAGCCGUUGUUAAAUGAUCGGGAUCAAGACCUCAGAUACUUCCUGUUGAGUCUCUUCAUCAGCUGGACCAUCGGUUUUGUGCUGUCAGCUUUUAAAUAUCCCGAUCUAUUCUCAUGUUUAUUACAAGAGUAUUAUAUAGCACAUUUCUUUUCGAUCUAGCGGGUCUGGGUUUCCCCCAAAGUCACUCUUAUGAAGGUGAUUAGAGUUUACUGCGGACAGCAGCUUCCAGUCAGUCUGUCUAUUGGAGACAGACAGACUGACUGGAAGCUGAAUGUUGUUCUCAUUUGUCCCCACAAAGUAGCUGAAUCACUUAAAUAUUAAAAAAAAAAAAAUUCUGAGUUUAUAAAGCACAAAACCAACUGGAACAAGAUUGAAAUAUUUUACAAAGUGAAUUAUGAAAUCUUUAUCAAAGUGAGAACAAACAUGCUUGAGUUGUUUUUAUUUUACUGCACUUUAAAGCUACUAUUAAGGCUUAUACAGUGCUCUGAAAAAGUAUUGCCUUCAAAGAUCUCUGUAGUUUUUUUAGAUUUAUUGUCACUUAAGUAUUUCAGAAUUAAACAGACAACCUUUCUUUCAGGCAAAGAUAACUGGACAAACAUAAAGUACAACUAAAAUGAUGAUUUCACUCUGGUCUGCCAUUUUGUAAUUUGCAGAUAGAGAUUUGAUUAGCUUGUUACGCAAAAACUUUUCACUGCCAAAUUUAUUAAAAGAUGUUGACAACACAUGACUUAUCCAUCCAGCCUUUCAUGUUGGAGCCAGGAAAUGUUACCACAUUAUGAAUGAACACGUGUUGUAAACAAGGCACAGUUAGAGUUAU